AUGAGCAAGGAUUUCAAGCGCCUAGCUGAUGUACUGCUGCAUCACUACACUCUCAACACUAGUGGUGUACAUAAUGAUCCUCCAUUUUUUACACAACUUUGCACUGCUUUGCGGAAUAUUCCUGAAGAUGUUCCUUCCGACACUAAGUCAAUGGAUAGAUUCACUAUGUUUCUUUGCAAUCAUAUGGCCUUUCUUCCAUCGAUGAGUAGAUCAAAUCUUAUCUUCAAUCUUGUGAGAGUUUACAAGGUGUUGAGUCCCAAUGAUAAAAAGAAGUUUGAGCGAGUUGUUGAUCAAGAUGGCAGCAUUCGGAAAGAUUGGAGAACGAGGGUCAUAAUGGAUAGAGUCUUUGCUCAAGUGUACUUGGGUCGACCAUUGUCAGUGGUGAAGCUGAAGCACAUGAAGCAGAUGCAGCAGCAGCACAAUAUACACAGUUCCUAUGGUACUACUGGAAUGGAUCUACUCAGAUUUCAAAGGAACUUUGUAGUCCAUGUUGUUGAUUAUUUAAAGGACACAAAUGGGAAUCCCACAGUUUCAACAUUGGAGGAGGUAGACUACUUAUUAUCAUACCACUUCGACAAGUUUUUGGUGGAUAUACUGAAGCGUUUGGUUGAUACUUUCGACAUGAAAAACCUCUAUUACUUCAUUUCUGGGAGGAACUCCAUUAAUGGGUGUGCAUUUCUUCAGUCUGGAGCAAGUGUGGAUGGAUUGCACUUCGGCCUUAGCCAAGAACUGCACCCGAACAAGCGAUGGUGA